AUGGCAGAACUGCCGCACGCCUGUACUGAUGACUCAGGCGCCUUCUGGAAGAAGCAGCCGGAUGACACUGAACCAAAACCGGAGGAGCGGCAGGCGUUUUUCAUGAAGAAGUUGGAAUCGGCCGCACUGCCGCAGGAUCCUGAAGCGGAUUUAGGCCGAUGGAAGACUGUCGCAGGCGCCAGUCCUCUUCCGUACUCGGUAGAGGUACGGAAAAUGAGAGGGAUAAUGACCAUUGUAAAGAUGUUAGGUAUAAGGGAUUGUACCGGAUACGUCUGGGGUGGCACCAACGUAGUAAAACCUAGUAAAGUUCUCGAGCUGCACUGGUAUAAUGAAGUUAACAGUCUGCUAUUUAGCCUGACCACGGAUACCAGUGCGGCGGACAGCAGAACUGUCUGUUCAUUUUUCGAAAGAACGCGACUAGAUUUAGAGACCUAUUUUGGUUUGGUGACCACGUUGCUUCACCUCAAGCCUCCGAGACAACGAUACAUUUCCUUGGAGUUUGGCGUUUCUUCAAAUUGUGUGGUGGACUGGUAUUUUUUCUGCCGCGAAGUGUACUUUCAUCACAUUUCAACGACGUCGAAGAAAAUUGGCGGACCUGUGACAGUCGUUGAAAUUGACGAGGCAAAAUUUGGAAAGAGAAAGUACAAUCGCGGCAGAAAUAUUCAGGGACAGUGGGUUUUUGGGGGAAUAGAAAGGCAGAGCAGAGAGUCCUUCCUUGUUCCUGUAGAUCAACGCGAUAGGGACACUCUGCUCGACAUAAUUCAACAAUGGGUUCUGCCAGGUACCACAAUUGUUAGCGACUGUUGGCGGGCCUACAAUUGUCUCGGUGACGAGGGAUUUAGGCACUUAACGGUCAAUCACUCAAUAAACUUUGUCGACCCUAACACCGGCGCCCACACAAACACAAUUGAGAGACACUGGAGGGAAGUCAGGGCCAACAUCCCUCGGUAUGGUGUCCGGACUGACCAUUUUGUUGGGUACCUGGCAGAAUUCCUUUUUAAGGCAAAGUACCCCCACCCACAUACCAGGCUCCACCACUUUUUUGUUGCUGCUGCUCAGCUAUAUCCGCCAACACACUAAUGGUAAGUGUUCUCUGUUAAUAUCCAUCUAUAUAUUUGAGUUU